AUGUAUAAUUUAACCACUUUAAAGAUAGAAAAUAUCAUUUUAAGUGAUGAAGACAAAAAAAAAGCAAAUAUUUCUAAUAUAUCAUUUGAUCCAGGCUCUCAGUCGGCAGAAAAUGGAAAUAUAUCUCUUAUCUGUUGUAAAGAAGCUUUUUGUGAUUUAUAUAGCCUAUUAGAGACAGAAAUAUUAGAUUUUCAAUUUUUGUCUGAAAUACGAGCAUGUUGUUUAAUUAUGAAGAAUGGAGACAUUAUUUUGGUACAUAAUAAUGCUUCUGUAAGCAAGGAGCAAGUAGAAAUUAUAGGAUCAGUAGAUGGUGGCAUUGUUGCAGCAAAAUGGGCACCUGAUGAAACUGUUCUUGCAAUAUGUACAGGGAAUGCUAAAUUUUUAUUAAUGUCUCAGAAUUUUGAAACAAUUUCGGAAAUUCCUCUCUUAGAAUCUGAUAUUAAUAUUAGUAAUCAUGUCUCAGUCGGGUGGGGACGAUCAGAGACACAGUUCCAGGGAAAAAGAUCAAAAACAGCGCCUCGUGAUCCAACCAUUCCUGAAAAAAUAGAUAAAGGUCUUUUGAGUCAUCUUGAUGAUAAAUUAACUAGAAUAAGUUGGAGAGAGGAUGGAGCUUUUGUAUCAUUGUCUAGAAUAGAUGUAGAAACUAGAAGAAUAAUUCGCGUAUUUUCUAGAAAUGGGGCAUUGGAUAGUGUUAGUCAGCCCGUUGAUUAUUUAGAAAGUCUUUUGGCCUGGAAACCAUCUGGGAGUGUUAUUGCAUCUAUUCAAAGGAAACCUGAAGAGUUAGAUGUAAUCUUUUUCGAAAGAAAUGGACUUCGGCACGGUGAAUUUAGUUUAAAGUUAUUAUUGUCGAAUGAAGAACCAAUUUUGGACAUUCAAUGGAAUUCCGAUUCCAGUUUACUUUCUAUUUUAGUUUCAAAUAAAAUUCAACUUUGGUACAUGAGUAAUUAUCAUUGGCAUUUAAAAUAUGAAAUCAAAUUUAAAAGUAGUAAAAGUAUAUCUAUUAAAUGGCAUCCAGAAAUUCCUUUAAUGCUUUCGUUAAUUAAUGACGGAAAUUUACUAUUGUAUCAUUUUACUUGGAUAAUAAUAUCAUCACCUCUAAAUCUUUCCUAUGAUUAUGGAACAGUUGCAGUAAUAGAUGGAGAUAAUUUACGAUUAACUCCAUUUAAAAUAGCAAAUGUUCCUCCUCCGCUAUCAUUUCGUGAUAUUAAACUUUCUAGAAUACCUACAUCAAUAUCUAUUAGCAAAGAUUCAAAUUGUAUUUUGUCAUUAGCUGAAAAUAUAGUCGAAAUUAUUCAUUGGCCUUUAAAUAUUGAUUCUGCUGCUUUCCCAGAAAUUACUAAUAAAUUAGAUUUAACUGAAUUAGUUGAUGAUGCGUAUUAUCCACGACAAAUAUUAUACUUGGAAGACAAUAUAUUUUGCAUAUUAUUUGAUGUUUGUAAUAAAUCAGAUAUUCUCUUUUUUCUUUUUAAUUCUUACAAAGAAGUUAAAUUACUUAAUAACAUUAGUUUUGAGCCAAAAAUUGCUUUAAUUGAUUUAGGUCUUUAUGAAAAAUCUAUUGUAGCAGAAUCUAUUGAAGGAAAAGUUUUCAAUUUAUCUCUAGAAAAAGAUUAUAAAAUCAGCAAUAUAUUGUUGUUUUCUUUACCUUUGUUAUGUUGUUAUAUGAAAAGUACAUUAUAUUUAGAAAACAAAAUUAUCUUUUUUUUAAGUGAUAGUGGUAAACUUUUUGCAAAUGAUCAACUAAUUUCUACAAAUUGUACAUCAUUUAUUUGUUCUAAAGAAUAUUUGGUUUUUACAACAACUUCACAUCUAGUAAAGUUUGUUAAAUUAACAUCUAAAAUCGAUGACUUUAUUAUACCGUCUGAUAAUGUUACAAAUAUUGAGGUUCGUUUCAUAGAAAAAGGAUCUAAAAUUAUUUCAAUUAUACCUUCUAUUACUGCUUUGAUUUUUCAAAUGCCUAGAGGUAAUAUUGAAACGAUAUAUCCUCGGAUUUUAGUUUUAUCUGAAAUAUAUGAAUCAAUUAAAUUAAAAAAAUAUAAUCAUGCAUUUUUAUCUUGUAGAACACAUCGUAUAGACACUAAUAUUCUUUAUGAUUAUAAUCCUUCACAAUUUUUGAACAAUGUUCAUCUCUUCAUAAAUCAGAUCGAUAGUAGUGAAUAUUUAAAUUUAUUUUUAUCAACUUUAAAGGAAGAUAAUUUAACUGAAACAUUAUAUAAUAUAGAACUAAAGAAAGAAAGUAAUAUAGCAUUUGAGAAAAAAGUAACAAAUACAAGUUUUUCAAAAGUUAAUACAAUAUGUGAUCAUGUUUUAAAAGCUUUAGAAAUAUAUUCUGAUGAUAAAUACAUGGAAUCUAUUCUAACUGCACACUUAAGUAAAAUUCCAGCAGAUUAUGAUUCUGCAUUAAAAUUAAUUAUUAAUCUUAAAAAUAUUAAUUUAAAUAAUGCUCAAAAAGCAAUUAAAUAUAUCUGUAUUUUAGCUGAUGUUAAUAUGCUAUAUAACCAUGCACUAAGUUUAUAUGAUUUACAGCUCGCUCUCUAUAUAGCACAAAAUUCACAAAAAGAUCCCAAAGAAUAUCUUCCAUUUCUUCAGGAUCUUCAGAAACAAACAGUUAAUCGUAGAUGUUUUACUAUUGAUAAUUAUCUGGAGAAAUAUGAAAAAGCGUUAACAUAUUUAGUUAAAUUAGGCAAUGACGUAUUCAAUGAAAUAUGUGAUUAUGUUGUUCUUCAUAAUCUUUAUAGAGAGGCUAUGAAAGCAUUUAAAGAUGAUCCUGUUAGUUAUAAUAAAAUAUUAGAACUUUAUGCUGUAUAUCAUGAGAAGAACAAUCAUUUUAAAGAAUCUGCAUUAGCUUAUGAAAUUUUAAAUAAUUAUGAAUAUGCUAUUGCUAUGUAUAAAAAAGCUGGACUUUGGAGAAAAGCAUUAACUCUUGCAAUGAAAUCUAAAAUUUCUAGUGAUGAUAUGAAUAAAUUAGCAGAAUCAUUAAGUUGCAUAAUGCAAGAUAAGAGGAAGUUUUGUGAUGCAGCUGAUAUUGAAAUUUAUUAUUUAAAAAAUUUAAAAGAAGGACUGCGCUUAUUGUGUAAAAGUUUCGAUUAUAAUAAAGCAUAUGAAUUGGCCCAAUAUUACAAUUCUAGUGAACUAAUACAGGACAUUAUUAUCCCUGGUCUUUUAGAGGGAUUUUUUGAACUUACUGAAUUAUUUUAUGAACUUUCUUCCCAAUUAAAAAUACAAGUAGAACGAGUUAGAGUUAUUAGGAAAAAGAGAGAACAAAAUUCUCAAACAUACUUUGACUCAAAAGAUAAUGAAGAUAUCCCAGAUAAUAUAUCUUUGGCUGAUACUAAUACAUCUACAUCCGUAUCUAUUUUUACCCGAUAUUCUACGUAUACAACUACUACAAAUAUUAAUGAAAAAAAAGACAAGGCUAAUAGACGAGAAGAGAGAAAGAAAGCAUAUAAACAAAAAGGAAGUAUAUGGGAAGAAGAAUAUCUCUUAAACAGUAUAAGUCGUCUGAUUGAUAGACUUGAAGAUGCCAGGAAGGAUGCAGAAAAAACUAUUCAAGGCCUUUUAUUAGAAAAAUUAAACGAGAAAGCUAAUUUACUUCAAAAACAAAUGACAUGUUUGGUGGAGGAUGUAAAGGAAUGUCUUGAAGAAAUGUUCUCCUAUACAAUAGAAAAUCUUCCAGAAAAUAUGAAAAAUAGUAUUAGAACUCUUCCUAUAGUACGACCUAUAAAUGAAUUAAAGAUUUUGGUUUAA